AUGAAGUUUGCUGUCGGACUCGUUCUCGUGGCAGUCGCCGUCACCACCGUCCACGCUGGUAACCCGGCCACGAUGAACUUGCCCAACGACCCUGCGUCGGAGACCGGCACGUCUUGCAACUUUGCUUGCCUUGCUGUGAUGAGGCCUGUGACGGACGAGAACGGCGUCACGUACUCGAACGAGUGCAUGAUGCGUGCGGCCAAGUGCAAGGGAAAUGGGAAGAAAACUGAUCCUCUGGAGGAGUACAAGCGUAUCUACGGCAAAGAGUUUGGUGCCCCGCGUGAUGACGACGAUAACGGAGAUGAAUCCGCCAGCGAGGAGAGCGGUAACUCGGAUUCCUUCGUUCAGGGUGAAAUGUCGACUUCCAGCGACGACUCUGCUACCGACAGUUCGUCGCCAAGUGAGGAGUCGACCGGUUCCUAUUGCCCUGAUGCUUGCCUGGAUGUUGAAGAACCUGUCACCGAUGAAGAUGGCAAUACAUACUCCAAUGAGUGCUACAUGCAGGCGGCCAAGUGCAAGGAAAAGAAGAAGGAUGUCGACGUUCUGGAAGAGUACAAGCGGAUCUACGGUAAGGAGUUUGGUGCCCCCCGUGAAGAUGAGUCCGGAGAUGAUGAAGACGAGUCUACUAGCGAGGACAGCGGCAGCUCGUCGACGCCAACCAAAAUGGUGAAGGGUACCAAGGACUCCGGUAAGAUGAAGAAGUCGACUAAGACGUCCACUGCCAGCUCUAGCGGCAUUGGCCAACUAUACGAGGACGGUUCGGACGGUGUCAUUGACGAUGACAAUUCGACGCCUACUAGCAAGAAAUGUGCGAGUGCCUGCCCCGACGUUGUGUUGCCUGUUUGCGGGUCUGACGGUGUCUGGUACUCGAGCCCGUGCCAACUGAAGGCCGCUGCCUGUAAGAACCCGGAGCAGAACCUCGUCCAAGACGACGGCGCGUGCAGCUCGAAAGAGACGAGUAAGAUCCUGCGUGUUGUGUAA